AUGAAGUGGAAAUGGCUGUUGCUGAUAAUAACUCAAUUGGGGUGGUUUAUGAUCCACGGUGGAAACUGCGAGCUGCGCAAUAAAACCGAAUACAACAAAAUGCCGAAGAUUUUUCUUUAUGAUCAGUACGACGAUUGCUUGUUCGAAAAUCCUGAUGAAGAAGCCUCCUAUUGCCUAGUGCGAGUGGUGAUCAAACCGAACAAUGAUUCGGGAGUGUGGAAGUUAAUUGAAAAAUAUUCCAGUAACUGGAAAUUGGAUCUUAACCAUGCUGCAUUGGAUCGCGGUAUCUGCAUUUCCAGUGUCGAAAAAGAAACAGCUAAAUUGAGGAAUCAAGGUUACAAUGCAAUGACUGUGCCUAAAUUUAACAUAAAAUUUCCGUAUAGUAUUGGCCACGAUGCUUUUCGGAAUGUAGAAACCUAUAAAGCAAAUUUCUCCGUACUAAUUGACAAUACGAUCAACACCGAGCUCAUGGAGAAGUACGGUCUAUAAGCGUAUACUGAAAUUGAAUACUGCGAUCACAAGGGAGUGGAUCAGUUUCCAAUAGAUUAUUUAGACAUUUCAUUCGUAGUCAUCAUGGUAACUCUUUGCAUUUUAGUGAUACUAUCCAGCUGGUACGACUAUUCGUGCAAGUUGAGCUCUGGUCUGGAACAUUACCGUGUGGAUAUGCCUGAUACAGCUUCAAUGGUUCUGGCGUCCUUCUCCAUCAUCCGCAACUGGUUCCGCUUGACGACCCAUUCGAGGGAUCCCCUAUGCAGGGACCUCCGUUUUAUACAAUCCGUCCGGUAUAAUACGUUUGUGCUGAUUUUGAUUGGACAUGCAUGUAUUUUAAUGCAGACCCGGACAGCUUGGUUUGUGGAAGACCGAUUUCGCCAACCGCAGAUUAUGAUCAUCGUCAACGGAUUUCAAAUUGUUACAACAUUCUUCGCUAUCAGUGCAGUGGUCUUUACCAUUAUGUACAUUCAAAAGGCCCAAAGCAGUAAGCGAAAGCCCGGUGCUCUAGGGAUGCUGCUGAUUGUUACUUUUCGCUAUAUUCGGCUAACACCAGUGUAUGCGUUAGUUCUGCUCUUUGAAGCUACAUGGUUCGUACGAACGCAGGAUGGACCCUUGUGGCGCAGAGCUGCCGAAACGGAGCUAACCUACUGCCGACGAAAUUGGUGGAUUAAUUUACUAUAUUUCAAUAACUAUUACAGGCUUGAUCAACCAUGUAUGCAACAUUCAUGGUACUUGGCAUGCGACUUCCAGUUAUCUAUUAUAGGGGUAAUCCUGGUGACUUUAAUAUUACGAAUGCCAAAGCUAAAAGUGCCACUUCUAACUAUAGCAACGAUUAUUUCGUUGAUUAUUCCUUCUGCUGUUAUUUACUGGAACGCGUUCGAUGGAGCGACCAUUUUUUCUCCAGAAGGAAGGCGAUUUGUGUUUUGGUACGAUGCCGGCUAUCAUAAAACUUACCUGCCAAUGCACAUGCAUCUAAAUAUGUACGUUUAUGGAAUAAUUGUCGGAGUGCUAUAUUGGAAGAUUAAAAACUCGAAUAUUAAUCUAGGAUCGAAUAGGGUUUUCCGAACAGUCUGGUAUCUAUUAUUCCUUGUUUGGCCAGUACUGUUUCUCUCCGGUCAACAUUUCUACACUCAUGACUAUCCCAAACCAUCCCUCUGGAUGGCAAUUUAUUUUACAACCGCUCGCAGUUUAUGGGCACUUCUGCUUGCUAUUGGAUUUUUCGGAUUCCUCUACCGGGUGAACAAACCGUUGCACCGUCUGCUCAAUAUUCGCCUGUUUGAAGUCCUGGGACGACUCACAUACGGUGCGUACGUAGGACACUUUUUCAUCAUGAAAAUGAUGUUCUAUAACGUGCGGCACGUGGAAGACUUGGGAGCAUUCGAUUCGUCAAUCAGAAUUAACGCGACCCUCUAUUUAUCGUACAUUCUAUCCUUGGCAUUGACCUUGCUGGUGGAGCUGCCAGUUUCAGCGCUGCAAAAGCAGCUAAUAGAGCGCUUUAUGAAGCCCAAUAAGCGACAUGUUGGAGACGAAGCUGAGGAAAAUGAAGCUCAAAAUUCGAGGAGAAUGAAUGAUAAAUUUGAGGGUUACACCAACGAUGCCUUCAGGGCUACCUUCAAAGAAGACGGUAUAAUGCCCGAAUUCCAUCAGCCGCAAUCAUAA